AUGGUUUCCGCAUAUCCCCAAUUAUCAGAAAGGGCUCGAGAUGCUAUUUUACCAGAAGUACAUCAAUGGGCCUUGACCAACGGAUUGAUUAUGUAUCCUCGCAAUUUCACCAGUGAGCAGGCCACAAUUGCUCCCACCACCCUGUAUCCAACUCUAUUGCCUAGGUCAAGUGUCGAAUCGGUUGUAUCCCUUCAAAAGGCCUACAAUGAGCUUUAUGCAAGAAUUAUUAGAGGUGAAAACGAUGACUGGUUGGCCAAAGAGACCGUUAAAUUGGCAAGCUAUGAUACUGAAUUUACGGGGAAAUUGUGGAGCCUAUACCUUAAGACCAAAGAGCUCGGAACUACUCAAAAUUUGAGACUUGGUAUCUUCAGAUCUGAUUACUUGAUAGACAAAAAAAAUAGUCAGGCAAAGCAAGUCGAGUUCAACACAAUUUCUGUCUCUUUCGGUGGAUCCUCUACCAAAACAGGCGAAUUGCACAACUAUCUGAAUAAUUCUGGCAAAUAUUGUCCAGAUUCUGGGAUGCCAUUUUAUCAGACCCAGAUCCCCGUUUCAAAGUCGAGCUCUCUCUUGGCGAAGGGAAUAGCUGAAGCUGUCAAUUAUUACCAGGGUUUAAAUGAUGAGAGGAUUGUAGCAUUCAUCGUGCAGGAAAAUGAAAGGAACGCCUUCGAUCAAAGGAUUAUUGAAUACGCAUUGUUACAAAAUCAUGGCAUCAAAUCCGUUAGGGUGACACUAGGUGAUGUACCUCAUCUAACUGUGGUAGAGGGGAAAAGUAAGAGACUUUUCUACAAGAAAACAGGACAGGAGAUCGCUGUGGUUUACUACAGAGCUGGUUAUUCGCCAACCGAAUAUAAAGAUGAGAAAGACUGGGAUAGCAGGUUGUUGUUGGAGACAAGUUAUGCCAUCAAAGCUCCCGAUCUUCUGACGCAGUUGUCCGGCACCAAGAAAAUUCAGCAACUAUUGACAAAUGAAAAUAUUUUGACCAGGUUUGUUCCAGAUAGUGAUACAAGAAGCAAAUUAAUCUCGACUUUCGUGGAAAUUUACCCUCUGGAUGAUUCUCCACUCGGCCAGGAAGGUAAGAAGCUUGCCUUUGAAUCACCGUCGAAAUUCGUAUUGAAGCCACAAAGAGAAGGUGGUGGCAACAACAUUUACAAGGAGAACAUUCCAUCGUUUCUAAAAGAAAUAGACGAAAAAGACUGGAGCGCGUACAUAUUAAUGGAGCUCAUACAGCCAUUUGAAACAACAGAAAACGUUGUGAUUCGUGGUAAUGAAUCUUUUAACGAACCUAUUACUAGCGAAUUGGGGAUUUUCGGAUGUAUAUUAUUUGAUGACUCGAAGAUUCACUUCAACGAAUAUUCGGGCUGGUUAUUGAGAUCAAAGUUCAGCCGUUCCGAUGAGGGCGGUGUAGCUGCAGGUUUUGGGUGCGUUGAUAGCUUUGUUCUUUACUGA